AUGACAGAGUUCUUUCUUUCCAAAGUGGGAGAGUUCGCUCUCACUAAAUUAUUUGAGUCGCUGUAUGAUCGAUUGGCGGUUCCCAAGUUUUGGGACUUCAUAGGCGGAGAGGAAAAGGGAAUUCAAGCAAACCUGGACAAGUGGAGACAAAAGCUGCAAGAUAUUCAGAACAUGCUUGAUGAUGCGGAGGAGAAGCAAUAUUCUGACACGGCUGUGAAGCAGUGGCUGGAUGAUCUCAAACACUUGGUUUACGAUGUGGAUGACAUAGUAGAUGAGCUUGCCACUAAAGCAUCCACGGCUGCUGAAAAUCAGGCUCGCCCAAGUAAGUUACGCAAACUCAACAUCGUAGGUGCUUCGUCUAGUACUCAUAAGAUUGAUAGUACGCUGCUGUCAAAGAUAACGAAGCUUACGGAUCGAUUCAAUGGAAUUGUGACACAGAAAGAUAAACUGAAUUUGAAGGAAACUGCUGAUGGGAGGGACAAAGAUAAAAAGGCUAUACUUGAAUUGUUGGUGGGUGAAAAAUAUUGUAGUGAUGCUCAAGUCUCUGUGAUUCCUAUACUUGGUAUGGGGGGUAUAGGAAAGACAACUCUUGCCCAGCUGGUGUAUAAUGAUGAAGCAGUACAAAACUCUUUUGAUUUGAAAGCAUGGGCUUGUGUUUCUCAAGACUUUAAUCAUGUUAGGGUGACAAAAGCAAUUCUAAAGUCCGUCAUCUGUGCAGGCCGUGGCGACACUGAUCUAAAUUUGUUGCAACCACUAAACGGGAUGAACGACGACAAUGAUCUCGGGUUGCUGCAAGAAACACUUCAGAAAAAACUGCAAGGCAAGAAGUUUCUAGUCGUUCUGGAUGAUCUUUGGAAUGAUGAUGAUAAUGAUUGGAGUACUCUACGUGCUCCUUUUCUAGUUGGGGCUCCGGGAAGUAAGAUUGUCAUCACAACUCGCAUUGAAAGAGUUUCAUCAACGGUGACUAUCAUUCAACCCUACCGUUUGGAAGUGUUGUCAAAUGAUGAUUGUUUCUCUGUGUUUGCUCAAAAUGCAUUGGGGGCAAGCAACUUCAAUGAACAUCCCGACCUUCAAGAUAUUGGCGAAAAAAUCGUUGAAAGGUGUAAAGGCUUGCCUUUGGCAGCGAGGACUCUCGGAGGCCUCUUGCGCACUAAAAAGAAGGAACGUAAUGAGUGGAAAGCUGUACUUAAGAGCAAGAUAUGGGAUAUACCAAAGGCAAGAAGUGGAAUUGUUCCAGCUCUUAUGUUGAGCUACCACCAUCUCCCUUCACAUUUGAAAAGGUGUUUUAUGUAUUGUUCAAUACUCCCAGAGGACUAUGAAUUUGAAGAGCAGCAGUUGGUUCUGUUGUGGAUGGCAGAAUGUCUAAUUCAACAACCGGAAGGGGAUAAGCAAAUGGAAGAUCUAGGUAGCGAGUAUUUUAAAGAUUUGUUGUCAAGGUCCUUUUUCCAACAAUCAAGCACAAAUAGAUUCCAAUAUGAGAAACCACGAUUUGUGAUGCAUGACCUCAUCAACAAUUUGGCCCAAAGGGUUGCAGGAGAUAUAUGCUUCAGGAUGGAGGAUAAAAUUAGGGGUGGUAACCCUGAAAAGGUUCGACACUCUUCUUACUUGAUUGGCCAUGUCGAUAUUGCUAAAAUGUUUGAGCCUUUUUUUGAAUUCAAAUUUCUACGUACCUUCCUCCCUCUUUCACAUCUUCGGAAUGGUGAUUGGACUCACAAUUUUUUGGCUCGUUAUUUGACUCGUAAUGUUUCUCAUGAAUUGCUGGUGAAAUUACCAUGUUUAAGAGCGCUCUCUUUAAGUGGGUACUGCAUAGUUGAGUUACCAGAUUCGAUUGGCGAUUUGAAGUAUCUACGGUACCUUGACCUUUCUUACACUAAGAUUAGAGGCUGCAGCUCAUUCAACCAAAAGAAAGCCGACACUUUGCAUUAUUUGACGGGAUAG